UAUACAUCUGGGCGACUUUUAUAGAGCUUAACACAUAUCUACCCAACACGAAUGUAUUGAAGGCGCUAACUUUUAUCUCCAGGCAAGGAUUGCAAUGGAGUCGUUGUGUGAAAAGCUAUUUAAAUCGGUAUUCAUUCUACCAUAUGUUGCUGGAAAUUACCGGAGGCGGCAAAAUGGAUUCUGGAAUUAUGACUGUACAAUCUCGUCCCGUGUUUUGUUCCUGAUCAUCGUCGCUUUAGUGAUAGUGUUCACCGCCAGCAAAGAGUUAAAAACUCAUGUCGAAGUUCGGUUGGGAUUCAUCCUGCUUCUCCUGUCAGUUCUGAUGAUCUGUACAGUUUUCGCUUUGUGUCGCCUUGGGCGUUUGGUACAGAAACACGGCCUCCAAUCCGUUGUUUCUGCAAGAAGACACAUAAGCACUCCGAAGCUUCAGAUGAUAUUCUUGUGGGUUUUUGGACUGGGUUCGGCACUCUAUUGUGCCUUAUUUGUUGGAAAGCAAAUCGAGUGUUCAGCAUAUUCUUCUGGAGGAUUUUAUUGGAAUGUUUUGUUGUCUUUCAAUAUCAUAUUGAUCCUAUCGAUAAUCUCUGAAAUGAUUUUCCUCACUUACUUUUCACCAUAUCAGCUGAAACAGACUUCUGCAGUGAAUUUCUCUUCAUUUUUUUUAUUAACUGCAAAUAUAUCUGUAGUACUGUAUAUAUAUCUCAUGAAAGAUACAUUUUUGUACGCGAUAGAAAUCUAUCCUGAAGGUCAUUUCAUAUCCUGCAUAGAAAGCAACAGUACAAUGACUAUCCUCAUGCAUAAAUCAAAACAAUUUUUGAGCCCAACUUUUGUGGAAUAUGCCUUUUUAUCAAUAACAGUAGUUGUCGAAAUAUGGUCACCUACUAAAGUGCACCAACCUGAUACCAGAUCAGCUCACGAGGGAAUAAAUGACAUAGAAAAUUCGGAACAGAAUUCCUUAUUUGAUGAAUUUGACAAUGGGAAUUCAGAGCGAAGAUCUCUCCUUCAUGCAGUUGCCAAUGACGAGUCACAACAGGCAUGUCUUCGACAGGCAGCGAUCGAACCUUAUCAUUCCGAAAAUGGCGAAAGACGAAAAGUAUCCCACAUAAUAACGCUGGUUGGAAGUUUAACUGCAGGACUGGGACUUGUCAUUUGUUAUACAGCACAAGCUAUGGAUAAAGGAAAUAUAGAAAAUAUUCGAUACGCCACUGAAAUUUAUGAAUUAACAUUAAUUGUUGUAAUGGUGCUUGUGAUCUUUGUUGGAUUCUAUUGUUUGGUGCAUUCCUGUAAUCUUGACAGAUCAGCUCAACCGUUGCGGCCUGGGGACUAUGUGUACUUACUGUCAGCAUUUGGUGCAAUUAUGUUUCAUAUGUAUGAAGUGAUAGGUGGUGACGUUUCCUCCGAUUCGUCCGGUAGUGUCUUUUUGUUUAAAAGUAUCGUAAGCAUAUUCCAGGAUUAUCUACAAAUUGUGUUUCUACUCCAGGCGAAUCGAUGUAAGAAAUCGCGAUCAAGCGUCGUUUUACUUGAAUCUGUUUUUAUAUUUACUUCGGUAAUUAAUCUAAUAUACUGGUUUAACAACAGUUUUCUUAAAGCUGAAUUUCCAAGUACACGCAUACUCGAAAAUGACCACUUUUCUAAGGAAGUGUUGGAUUUAGUGUAUAAAGUGUUAUUACCCGUAUUAGUUUUCUUUAGAUUCACUUCCUUUUUAGAAUUUUAUGCAAUUUUGGAGGAAUAUAAACACUAAACAUAAUGCAUGCUAGGAUAUAUUGUAUUUUGGAAGCUUUGCGAUUACGCGGUGGCCGAAGAUACAAUGUCUUUGUCGUGUGUUUCAACAAAAUGUGACAAACUGCAUUAUUCUACUUCAGCUUUAUAAAAGCGUGUCUAAUUCUGACACUGGCCCCUUAACAAACAUCAUGUCGCCCUCACGCGCUCAAGUUUCCCUGAUCAUAUUUUAUCUUAUUCGGAUCCUCUCUAGAAAAAGGGCAAGAGCCACUACAACCUAGUUCCUAAUGACGGAAGCACAUCUUAACAAUAGCGCGGUAAGCUAAGCAUCUCUACUAUUGUUUUGUUUUCUUUGUUUUUGUUUCAUAGUUUCAAAAGUAUAAUAUUUAUCGCCCUUACUUAUCGCCCUGUUUGAAACAUGAUUAAUCAAGGAAACCACAAAAUCGGGGUUUCCUGUAGUUGGGGCAAUUAAUGUAUAAUAUAGAUUUUGUAUAGAAAAAGACACUCGAGAUAGAGCUACAGAAAAAAACUUCAAUGCAUGUAUUAUGUAUGUCUGUAGUUAAAACCGACUCUCAAAAAAUGAAUAAUGCCAUUUGAAAAUUAAUUAUGAUGUAUGUCUAUCUAUAGACAAUCAAGUCCGUUUGUGUUAACUGUAAGUACAUAUAAUUAGAAUUGCCAAAAUGUGAGUCUUGUUCGUCAAAAUAUAUAUUCUCACAGAAUGAGGUGAAUCUGUUUACACAAUAUAUGCAUUUGUCUUGCAAUGUACGUUUAGUUUUAUGACUCGUGUGUUACAUCCAAAUAUAUGUACAUAGUAAUGUAUUGUGUACAACUUUAUAUAUAGUUCAAUUGAUAUAUUGUGUACAACUGGAUGUAUGUUUCAUUAGUUUUAUUGUGUACAACUUUUUGUAUGGUUCAUCAGAUGAAUUGUGUACAACUUUAUGUAUGGUUCAUUAGAUGAAUUGUGUAUAACUUGAUGUAUAGUUCAUUAGAUGAAUUGUGUACAACUUUAUGUAUGGUUCAAUAGAUGAAUUGUGUACAACUUGGUGUAUGGUUCAAUAGAUGAAUUGUGUACAACUCUAUCUUUAGUUCAAUAGAUGUAUUGUGUACAACUGGAUGUAUAGUUCAUUAGUUUUAUUGUGUAUAACUUGAUGUAUAGUUCAUUAGAUGUAUUGUGUAUAACUUGAUGUAUGGUUCAAUAGAUGUAUUUUGUACAACUUGAUGUAUAGUUCAAUAGAUGUAUUGUAUUCGUCUUGAUGUAUCACCAUAAAUCAGUUUUGAAUGAAGACUCAAGUCAGUACCAUAAGACUAUUUAAAAGAUUUGGAAUGUAUUGUAUUGUUUCACAAUUAUAAAUACUUGAUAUUUAGAUUUAUAACUGAAAUAGACUAGAUAUAUCAUAUUCGUCUGUUGAUAAAUAUCCUUUACACAACUAUUUCAAGCUGAUUUUCAAUAAACGCAACGUUUUUGAUUGGUAAAAAAGAUGGGAUAUGUGAAUUAGACCCGAUGUUGUCGAAUACGAUGUAAGAACCGAGGCUUUCCUAGGGUACGUAUCUGACGGUGUCUCAGAGUUGAAUCUGAGUAUUUUACACGUGGAUACAAUAGAUUCUUUCUACACCUAAAAUCGAAUCCGUUGAGGAUAGAGAUAUCAUACAGCAGAACGUGACUCACGUUUUUAUACAUAUUUAUGUCUUCUUAGAUUAACAUAUGGGGCUAAUAAUUUUCUAUCACUAUCGUUCCUGCUUACCAACUCUCAGGUCCUCCAGUAAAUGGCACAAGUGUCGGUCGACAACUUCUGACAAUUUGAUUGACUAACAUUCUGAACAGUGGAUCGUGGUGAUGUGAGGAUUGGCGCCAUUUGACGUUGUACUUUCUCAUUAUUAAUCUCAUGUGUUAUGUUAAUCGAUGUUUUAUUUGACAAGAAGUUAACAUUACAGAUAUGCAUCAAUGAUUUAAUCGACCGUGUAAAAUAUUUGAAAUUUUGUUAGAUAUAAGGAGCGUUUAGAGUUGUUAACAAAGCUCCAAUAUGUUUAUUAAAAAAAUCAUCAU